ACUUGAGAUUAAUUAAUGUUUCACUUUCCGCGGCGUAAAAAUACCACGAACAUAAUAUUACACGUAAGAAACAGGCCAAGAAUCCCAUCUCUCUCUCCCAAAAAAAUGGUAUCGACGAGAAGAAGUGGAUCUAUCUCCAACAACAACAACGGCAAGCGAUCGUCGUCGUCGGAGGACAAGCCCCAGUCUCCUAAGCGCCAAAAGGUAGAUAAUGAUGCCACGUCGGACAAACCGACGUCGGUUGAUAACUCCAAGAGCACUGCUCCGCCGGCGGAUCCACCGGAAUGUGCCGCCGUAGAGACGCCGGUUGUGGCCGGAGAGGCGGCGAGUGGUGGAAAGGUCGAGGCCGCUCCGGCGACUUCUGUUGUCACGCCGCUCGCGGAAGAUAAAGGAAAAUCAGCAACUGUAGGAGACAAGCCAGGGAGUUCGUUUAGUUCCUGGAAACAUAAUAAUAAUCUCGAGUAUAAAAGUCCAUGGUGUAGGCUUCUUACGCAGAGUCAACAGAAUCCAACAGUGAGUGUUUAUACUGCAAACUUUGUAGUUGGAUCAAACAAGCAAUCCAAUCUUUUGAUCAAGGAUCAGACAAUAAGUGGAAUUCUAUGUCAUAUUAAGCUUACAAAGGUAUCAUCACAUGGACGUACAUAUUGGUACCCUAAGGUGUCAAAUCGGGAGAGUAACUAUGUUGCGGUGCUUGAAUGCAAAGGAAGUAAGGGGGCCGUGCAAGUUAAUGGGAAAACAAUUAAGAAGGGAGUUACUUGUACUUUGAAUUCUGGGGAUGAGUUGGUUUUUGGUAACCAUGCUUAUAUAUUUCAGAAAAUAGUGUUUGAUACCGCUAUUAGGACAUCAUCAUUAGUUGGUGGAGUGGGCUUCAACCUGCUUAAUGCAGAAAGACGGACAGGAGACAGUUCAGCUGUGGCCGGUGCUUCCAUUUUGGCAUCAUUGUCAAAUUGGGGGCAAGAUUUGUCGCCAUUGAACCCUACAUCACAGAACAAUGGUAGAACGCACCAAGUGACUGAACUGACUCGUUCAAGUCUUGCUCAGGAAGAUGAUCUUGAUGGCCUUGAAGUGAACUCAACAACAAAUGUUGAGGGUGAAAAUGUUGCUGAUGUUGGAGCAAGCAGCAAAGUCCUUUCCCCCGACUGCAACCAAGAGUCUGCCAUAGAGGUUGCCACUGAAAAAGCUAAGGAUUCACCGCCAUUAAGUUCACCCGUGAUAUCUUUAAGAUGCGAGGUAUUCAAAGAAGAUGUUUACCGGGGGAUUCUUGAUUGUAGUGACAUUCAAGUUUCAUUUGAAGCCUUCCCAUAUUAUUUGAGUGAAAAUACAAAAAAUGUUCUGAUUGCAGCUUCUUAUAUACAUCUGAAGCACAGAGAACAAGCUAAAUUUACUGCUGAACUUCCUACAGUGAACCCACGAAUUUUGCUGUCUGGUCCAGUAGGAUCUGAGAUAUAUCAGGAGAUGUUGACAAAGGCACUUGCUAAUUAUUAUGGCGCCAAGUUGCUUAUAUUUGAUAGCCAUUCAUUUUUGAGAGGUUUGUCUGCUAAGGAUUCCAAGAUUCAAAAGGAAGGAAAUGGUGCCAACAUAUCUGCUGACAUCAUUGCUCAGAAGAGUUCCGGGGCUCCUGAACCGGUGAAGGAAACCAAGGACUUAUCUGUUGAACCUACUGUAGAUCGUACAUUGAUUGUUCCUUCAACACCUGCCCUCGAGUCACAAUCAAGGAUGGAUAUUGACACCAUACGCUCUUCUGCUGGGACAUCUAAGAAUCCGUUGUUAAAAUCAGGAGACAGGGUGAGGUUCAUGGGUGCUACUUCUGCGAAUCUAUAUUCAACGUCAUCUCCUUUAAGGGGCCCAACUUUUGGGAGUCGUGGGAAGGUUUUAUUACCAUUUGAAGACAAUCCUUUGUCCAAAAUUGGUGUAAGAUUCGAUAAGCCUGUUCCUGAUGGGGUUGACUUUGCUGGUUUGUGUGAUAAUGGUCAUGGAUACUUCUGCAAUGCAAAUGAACUUCGUCUAGAAAGCACUGGUGUUGAAGGCCUGGACAAGUCACUUAUUACAACUUUGUUUGAGGCUGUGAUUAGUGAAAGUCGGAAAUCUCCCUUCAUAUUGUUCAUGAAAGACGCGGAGAAGUCUAUGGUAGGAAAUUCAGAAUCAUAUACAACAUUCAAGAGCAAACUUGAGAAGCUUCCUGAUAACAUUGUUGUAAUUGGAUCACACACACAUGCCGACAACCGUAAGGAAAAGUCAAAUCCCGGUGGUUUGCUCUUCACGAAAUUUGGUAGCAACCAAAGUGCUCUACUUGAUUUGGCUUUCCCGGAUAGCUUCGGUAGGCUAAAUGAUAGAGGCAAGGAGGUUCCCAAGGCAACCAAACUUCUCACAAAACUUUUUCCUAAUAAAGUUUCAAUUCAUAUGCCUCAGGAUGAAUCUCUCCUUGCAAGUUGGAAGCAACAGUUGGAUAGAGAUUUGGAAACUCUGAAAUCGGAAGGAAAUUUAAUCAAUCUGCGCACUGUACUUGGUAGGAAUAGGGUGGAAUGCGAAGGGCUUGAAGCUCUAUGUAUCAAGGACCACUCAAUUACAAUUGAUAGUGCAGAGAAGAUUAUUGGAUGGGCAUUAAGCCAUCAUUUAAUGCAGCAUUCUGACGCUGAUCCUGAUGCUAGACUAGUUUUGUCCAGUGAGAGCAUUCAGUAUGGGAUUGGUAUUCUACAAUCUAUCCAGAAUGAAUCAAAGAGCUUGAAGAAGUCACUGAAGGAUGUUGUAACUGAAAAUGAAUUUGAGAAGAGACUUCUAGCUGAGGUUAUCCCACCUAGCGAUAUUGGAGUGACAUUUGACGACAUUGGAGCACUAGAAAAUGUCAAGGAGACGCUAAAGGAGUUGGUGAUGCUUCCUCUACAGAGGCCUGAACUCUUCUGUAAGGGGCAACUAACCAAGCCUUGCAAGGGUAUACUCUUAUUUGGGCCUCCUGGAACAGGAAAGACAAUGCUGGCAAAGGCUGUGGCCACUGAAGCUGGGGCAAACUUCAUUAAUAUUUCCAUGUCAAGCAUUACAUCUAAGUGGUUUGGCGAGGGUGAGAAAUAUGUGAAGGCGGUUUUUACUUUAGCAAGUAAAAUUGCUCCCAGUGUUGUAUUUGUGGAUGAAGUUGAUAGCAUGCUGGGGCGAAGAGAAAAUCCGGGAGAACAUGAGGCUAUGCGCAAAAUGAAAAAUGAGUUUAUGGUGAAUUGGGAUGGCUUGCGGACAAAGGAUACAGAACGAGUUCUUGUGCUUGCAGCUACAAAUAGGCCUUUUGAUCUUGAUGAAGCUGUAAUAAGAAGGCUUCCACGAAGGUUGAUGGUUAAUUUGCCAGAUGCUCCUAACAGAGCUAAAAUAUUGAAGGUGAUACUGGCAAAAGAGGACAUGUCUGCAGACGUUGAUUUGGAGUCAGUUGCGAGCAUUACUGAUGGAUAUUCUGGGAGUGACCUUAAGAAUCUCUGUGUAACUGCUGCGCAUCGCCCAAUAAGGGAGAUUCUGGAGAAAGAAAAAAAGGAGCACUCUGCUGCUCUUGCGGAAGGUAAACCUGCUCCAGCUCUCAGUGUUAGUGCGGAUAUUCGACCUUUAAACAUGGAUGAUUUUAAAAAUGCUCACGAACAGGUUUGUGCAAGUGUUUCGUCCGAGUCCCAAAACAUGACAGAGCUUUUACAAUGGAAUGAGCUCUAUGGAGAAGGGGGUUCUCGAAAAAAGAAAGCUCUCAGUUACUUCAUGUAGAGGUUUCAAAUUUUGUACAUAUCCCAAUUUCCCUCACUUCAUGCUGGCUGCUACUGAAGAAUGCUUCAUAAUCACCUGGUUUAAAGUAUAUUUGUUCUUUUCAAAAAUUUAGUCUUUUAAGUUCAUUAUUAGAGUUGGGAUGGUCAGGAAAUUUAAUUUUUCCAAUCCCAAAUUCCAAAUAUCUUGGCUGGUUGUACUACUAUAUAUUGUAACAGAGGAGUCUGUUCAUUGUUUUAUGGUCUAUAAACAAUGUAAAUUACAGAGUAUAUUUGAGAACAAAGCAAAAUGUAUAACUUUUUAACCAUGUAAUUUAUGAUCCCAUAUAAUUGUUGGGAUUAGUAACAAGCAGUUGGAUAGGUUAUGCAAGUCCUUUGAGUAUUCUUUACCGACUGCUGCCCUGA